AUGCCGGGCUGCGGCGAGCCACUGGGCGCUGGCUGCUCCCGCUCGCCUCUUGGGGUGCGCUCAGCUCCAGCCCGACUCCAGCCCGACUCCAGCCCGACUCCAGCCCGACUCCAGCCCGGCUCCAGCCCGGCUCCAGCUCUGCUCCGGCUCUGCUCCAGCCCUGCUCCAGCCUGGCUCCCGUUCUCCGCCGCCACGCCUCUCUGUGAGCUCCGCACCUCGACUCCCAGCUCCCAACUUUCCGUCCCUCUGUCUCUCAGCGUCCCGCACCCCCGUGACCUCGCGCCCUCCCAAGACCCUGUGCCCGAUCUUCUACCCCCCUCAACCCCGCCACAGUCCUCCGCCCUUUCUCUCGCUCCUCAUCUGCCCGGACGUCAGUCGGUCUGUCUGUCCGCCUCCCCACCCUCCUUUUCCUUCCUCUGUCCCGCUUCGCUGGUUUGUUCACUAGUUCGACUUGGCGGAGCAGCUUCGCAGGAAAAUCCCAGAAACCAUUGCAAAAAGCUUACAAUGAAAUUUAAGAAGUUCUACGAUUUCGGCGCCAUUUUCGAGUGGAGUGAGAGCUCUUCCAGUACGAAACUCGACGUUGGAAAAGUUUGGCUCGAAGCGUAUGACCCUCUCCAGAAGUGACCAGACGCCUCUUUGUGUUCUCCUUUCGGCGACCAUCAACGGUUUUUUUCUCCAUUAUUCCGUGUCCAUGUAAAAAUGAUUUGUAAUAUAACCAAGACAAGAUGGAAUUUAGAAACUCCAACUUAAGGAGUGGGGCUAUUAUUAUUAAUGGCUUUAUUUAUCAUGAACUCAUGGCUUUAUUAUUAGUGCAUUUGUUAGCACUGGAUCACAAUCUGUUGUGUUAGGCAUUUUGUACUUAGUUUAAUUACAUACUCUGUAUAUUUAAUUAAUCAAUUAGUUAAUAGGACCCAGCAUUCAUUGUACUAGUUUUGAAUAACGGACAUAAUUUUAAAUGAAAAUAACGGAAGUUUGGCUAGCUUAAAUCUCUGUUUAUGUAUAUAGGAUACUUUCAAAGGCAGUAUAGUUUUAUUGUUUUAAUUAUUAGGCCUGUGGCUAAGGACCGAAGGAAUUUUGUGUGUGCUUGUUUUGUUUAAACAAAAGGAAAUGAAUGACUGGAACUUACUGCUCAUGUGUCCAUUUUGAGAGUCAAGAACGGGAGCGUGCACAGUGCCGGCCAUUUCAAGACAAGGGUUUCUGUGGAGUUGCUCGAGAAGGAACCAUUUGACAUCAAGUAUUUAAAGUUCUUGAUUUGUGGUUUGAUAAGUGACAUUGACAAAUGUAAAGUAUUUGUGAAUAAGUUUGAAUAACCUGCAAUGUGUGAAAACAUCCAGGGGUUUCAUCUAUAGAACAUUCUCAUGUUUAAAAUCAACUACUGACAAGGUGUUUACUGUAAGAGUGGAGGAAACUAUUAGACGUGAGUUAAAAACCAA